UAAGGUCCAUUUGUAAGGAUGUUGCUGACGAAGACGAACCCACGUGUCAUUGCUAUGUCAGGGGGAGUAUUGUGUGGAACUUGUAUCGCUGCCUGUGCUUUCCUUACAAACUUAGGGACUACUGGGGUGUGCCUGACUUUAUCGGGUGCCGGCUUAUCCAUGGUCUACACGCCAAUUCACCUUUCACUGAAUGACUACUUCCCAGAUAAAUUUGUUUUGAUGAAUACGGUAUCGUUAUAUGGGUACACCGCCGGUUCGGUGUUGCUCCCGAUUCUGAUUGAAAAAUCACUCAAGGCGUAUGGUUAUUAUGGGGCGUUUCUUAUCCUUGGAGGUGUCGCCUUCAACUCGACGGCGUGCGCUGCAACGAUUCGAACGGUACCGAGUAAGUCCACCAGGAAUGAGGAAAACGAUCAGGUUGAACCGGAUAAGCGGAAGUGUUUCUCUGGAGGGAAAUCAUUGAAGAUUAAGAGAGAAGAGGAGGUUGAUGAAGAAAUAAGUGAACAGUCGCGAUUAAUGCAAUCUGAAUCUGGUUGUGACAGGCAGGAGACAUCACUGAAAUCAAAACCAACUUGCAGAAAAACAUUCUUUGAAGCCUGCAAAAGGUCCUGUGGAUUAUGGAAAGAACCACUUUUUAUAUUUAGCCUGCCGAUUCAUUUCUUGCAAAGUUACACUAUCUAUUCGUGGAUGCUAUUUCUGGUCCCCCAUACUGAACAACUUGGUAUCCAAUCUUCUAAAGCAGUCUACCUCUCAACAAUCGGUGGCAUUGGUGGUAUCAUCGGCCGGACGCUCUUCAUCAUUCUCCUCAGUAAAGGAGUCAAUGCCUUUGCUGUUUACGUUUCUGUAGGUUGCAUCUGCACUGGAACAUUUUUGAUGGACUUCGUCUGUUCCGAUUACAGGUCACGUGCUGCUUUGGCCUUUGUCCAAGGGUUUUCCUUCUUUAUCGAAGAUGCCAUCGCUGCCAAUUUGUGCAAGGGUGCAGUCUUUGACGACGGGAAUAUCGGCACGGCGUUUGCUAUUUCUAUAUUCAUGUGUGGACUAGGAGCUACACUUGCAGGGACAUUUACAGGACACCUGUUUGAUAUUACCCAGUCAUUUACGAAGGUCUUUAUCAUCAACGGUUUCAUCCACGCCUUCAUGGUCGGUCAUCUCUUCAUCGUGGCGAUCCUCAUCAAGAGAAAGCGAUUGUCAGAUUGAACGACAAAAUUAUGCAGGACAAACGGAACGAUUUUG